AUGUCUAAUAUUUCUAAAGUUGAAUUUGUUGCCUUGGAUAUAUCGGGCAAAGGAUACUCAUCAUGGAUACUAGAUGCUGAAAUCCACCUGGAUGAAAUGGGUCUGGUAGAAACCAUCAAAGAUAAUAACCAGGCAUCCAGUCAAGAACGUGCAAAAGCUAUGAUAUUUCUCCGCCACCAUCUUGACGAGGGGUUGAAAAUGCAAUACCUCACUAUUAAAGACCCCCUUGUACUGUGGAAUAAUUUGAAAGAUAGAUAUGACCACCUGAAGUUGGUCAUUCUUCCACAGGCCCAUCAUGAUUGGUUUAAUCUGAGAAUUAUAUCACAGUUAAAUUUAUGCGGAGAGGAGGUCACUGAACAUGAUAAGCUUGAGAAAACAUACUCCACAUUUUCUGCCUCGAGUAUGCUUCUGCAGCAGAAAUAUAGAGAAAUGAGUUUUAAAAAAUAUUCUGAGUUACUUUCACAUCUUCUUAUUGUUGAACGACAUAACGACCUAUUGAUAAAAAAUCAUGGCAGUCGGCCCGUUGGUUCUAUGCCACUCCCUGAAGUGAAUCAGGCAUCCUUGAAAAAUGGUGAUAAUAAUCCAGAAGCAAACUUUAUUUCUGAAGAUAAUGUUGAGCCCAUACAUAAGAUGAAUAAUAAUGCAGAAGCAAAUUUCAUCUCUGAAGAUAAUGUUGAACCUAUGCAUCUGGAUGUAGCUGAUUUCUUUGUAUUCCCUGAAGGAAAAAUGAUCAGUGACGAGCCCGCAAUAAUCUAG